CACAGCGGCCACUUGCAUGUCAGUCUCAAUCAAACGCGUUACAAGAGAGGUCACAGCCUUACACCAUCUUUUCGUACAUUAACUACACCUCCAUGGCCAUUUUUGUUCCUUAAAUACCCCUUUCCCGAUCGAAAAUGAGGAUAACUUGACCGAUAUUGUUAGGAAAUUCGUGAGGGAGAAUUCAAAACAAGCAUGACACAAGGCCUGGACACCCCCGUCAUCGCCUCCUCUCCUCGACGCACAGGGACCCCACGAGGAGGAGGAGGAGGAGGCAGAGGACCCCAUGGCCAGGCGCGGCGCCCUUCCUCCACCCCCAACGCCUCCUCCAGCGAGAGGCGCCCUCCGAGAAGCCCCCCGAAGGAGAGGUGGCGUCUCCUGCUGGUGUCCUCGAGGGCCCGGCACGUAGACCCUGUGGCUCAAGCGCUGCUGCCGGGCGUCCUCAUGGUCACCUACAAGUAUGAGACUUCGACGCUCGACCACAUCCUGGCCCAGGUCACGACAGCGCUCGGUGGACGAAAGGUGGAGACGGUGGCGCUGGUCCUUCAUGGCUCGGAGGUGGAGCUGUACCUAUGUGGACCGGGGGAGAAGGUGUUAAGCACUCACUCGGCCUCGGAACAGGUGUCCGUGAGGGAAUUCUUCAGUACGCUAAUUAACACCCACGUCGACAAAACGCUCAUGAACGCCCGCCUGGAUUUCUUGGCCGCCCAUCCCGCCCACGACGAGCACGGGGAUAUUAUUGCCUUGCACCUGAACGAGCUUUUAGGGAUCCCCGUGACCCUCGCCACUGACCUCCAAGCGAGCGACAUCGAGGUGGAGCCUUUCGUGCCCGAGGAUGGGUCGGGUCAGGCGUCGACGACCUUGGGGGCGCUCUACUUUGACCUCCGGAGGCUCAAGGAGGCGCUCAAGACGGCGGGGGGCGGGGUCAAGAAGAGGAAGAAGGAUCUCGAUAAUGAUUACGAGAAGAUUCGCACGGUGGGGAAAGGUGCGUUCGGAUCCGCUGUGCUCUACCGGAGAAAGGAAGACGAUGCCAUGGUCAUUAUCAAGGAAAAAACUGCUAAAGACUUGAAGACCGCCAACAUCUUCCUGACGAAGGCCGGGGUGGUGAAAGUGGGCGACUUCGGGAUCAGUAAGAUGCUCUCCACCAAGACUAACCACGCCCACACGGUCCUCGGGACGCCCUACUACAUCAGUCCGGAGAUGUGUGAAGGCAAACAGUAUGACGAGAAGAGUGAUAUCUGGGCCCUGGGUUGCAUCUUGUACGAAAUGGCGUGUUUGCAGAAGACGUUCGAGGGGUCCAACCUGCCAGCGCUCGUCAAUAAGAUCAUGAAGGGCCACUUCGCACCUAUCAAGGGGAACUAUUCUCCAGGGUUCAAACAGCUGGUGAGGGACUUGUUGCAGAGGGACCCCGAAUUUAGACCUACGGCUGCCGAGCUGGUGUCAGAGAGGCUGCCUGAACUCCUGGCACAGUUUUCCUACAGUCCGCUUGGUGUUGAUGAGAUUGACGAAGAAAUUAAGCAAUCAAUCGAGGUGGCCAGACAGUCGCAGGCGUCCAGGUCCUCCCGCCCCCCUCGCUCCGUCGUCUACCACAUGAAGGUCUACGAAUCCUCGAUCAGUCUGACCCCCGUGCCCCUCCCGCCCAGGUCAAGGGUCAAGGAGAUGGCGGUGUCGAAUACCCACAUCGUCUUGCUGACCUCCGAGUGUCUGGUCUACACGUGGGGCGAGGGACGCAAGGGGCAGCUGGGGCACGAGAGCCUGGAGGCGUGGCGGGGGAGGCCCACCGUCGUCGAGAUCCUGAAGGGGAAGUCGAUCACCCGCGUGUGCGCCGGCGACGGGUUCUCCGUCUUCGCUUCCGACAACGGCAUCGUCAUGACCUGCGGCGACGGGACCUCCGGCUGCCUUGGCCACGGCAACUGGAACAGCUCGGCCAAGCCAAAACUCGUAGAAAGGCUCUUAUCGGUGGACGUGGGCGCCAUCAGCUGCGGCAGUCGACACGUGGUGGUAGUGGGCGGCGAGGGGGACGUCUACGCGUGGGGCAAGGGCGAGGGAGGGCGGCUGGGCACGGGGCAGGAGGAGGAUGUCUGCCUCCCGACGGAGAUCGAAAUCCCGGAAGAACUGCUGGUGACGAACGUGAAGUGCGGCGGCGACGGCACCAUCUUCAUCACAGACCAGGGCGCGAUGCUUGCCUGCGGAGCUAACACCAGGAACAAGCUGGGGCUGAGCGAGGGAGGAGGUCUCUUCGGCAUAAAGUUGAAGAAGGAGGUGGAGAAGGCGGUGGUGGCGACGCGAGUUAGAUGCAUCGCAUGCCGGGUCGUGGACGUGGCCAUGGGGCCUUCGCACACGGCCGUGCUCACCGAGACGGGCCAGGUUUUGACCUUUGGGAGAAAUUGUGAAGGUCAGCUGGGACGAGGAAACACUCGGUCCGUCAUUCAACCUGUUCUGGUCAAGAGUCUGGCUUCGAAGAUUGUUACGAUGGUUAACUGCGGUUCCACCUUCACUGUUGUUGGCACCUUAGAAAACGCCAUUUACCUGUGGGGCACGAGAGCCGUCAGUCCGCUAUCGAGGCCAAACACGCAGGAAGGAUUUACGAACACUUGGGGACAGCGGAACGCACUUGGUUCGGCCGACACCAAGGAUUCGAAGGACCCCGAUUUUGACUUCGCAGGACACGGGCGGAGGCGCAGCAGCGGCAGCAGCAGCAACAGCAUCAGCUCGACCCAGGAGGCGCAGCGGCACCAGCGGGAGAUAAGGAUGAGCGACGUGCUCCUCAAUCCGCAGGAAGUUCUAGCCCUUUACGCCUCGCCUGCCCAGAUAGCCAAGGGAGAGAUCGUUAACCUGGCAAGCCUCCACUGCCAGAAUCAGAGCAUCUUCCUCGUUGUGGAUACCACUGUGCCGCUGCCCAGGGCUGGAGUCGGCUCUGGCAUGGACAUGGGUAAAGCCACUUACCAAGAAGGAGGGAGAGGAGGAGAAGGCAACAAUAAGGAAGAUAAAAGGGAGAUGGAGGAGGAAAAAAAUAUGAGCGACGACAUGCGCAUAGAACCUGAAAAGGAUGAUCUCGAGAUGGACACAAUGGGACCCGUCCCCGACUGGCUGAAAGCUGAACUCAACGAGGAGAGCGUGGAGUGGCCGGGAGGGAAGAACAGAGAACAGAAGAACAAAUCGCAGAACAGAAGUAAGAAGGGAACGCAGCCUUCGACGGAGCAAGGGCAGUCGCAGAAAGGCCAAGCUGCUAGAAAUAAAAUCAACAGAUUUAGCAAAAGCAGCAACAACAACAGGCAGGGUAGAGUGGCAUCUAAGAAGAGCGAACAGCCAUCGAUGGAGCCAGCAAGGUCACCCUUUGUACCUACCUCUGUGCAUGACGGGAAACCUCCGCCCAAGAGGAAAAACGCGAUGGUUCAACAGCGGAGGGGCAGGGGAGAGACGCCCCCUAUUAGUGACAAGGUAGAACAGGAGGCUAAGAAGCUUGCAAAGGAGAAGGAAGAAGCUCUGAACCAAGAGAUCGAGAAGCUCCGCUCAGAGCUCUUCCGCCAGCAGGAGAUGCAGCAGAAGAUCAUUGAUGAGAAGCUGCAGGAGAUGAGGGCGGGGGGGAAGGGAGACAAAGACUCGGCGGUGUGUUCUGUUAUGUAGGGGGGGAGGAGGGAGAGGAGAAA